UGUGUGCGUGCAGAACUGUGGUCAAGGUACCCCAAAAAGUUCGAGAAGGAAUCAAUUCCUGUCGUGCAUCUCGGAACAGUAUAGGAAACCGUCCGGUGGCCGUCACAAGUUGGAUAGAGGAAGGCAAUUAGUGCACGUAGUACGAUGGCCGACUACUUCGAUGAGCUCGGUUGUGAACCGAUAACGGCCGAGCAAACGGAAAACCACCAGCUGAUGUUGAUGGUACGGUUUCUGCAGCAGAACGGUUUCUUUGCGGAUGAUUUCAGUGCGGAUACGCUACCGCCGCCAGCAUCCAAACAGCUGGUUGCCAACCUCCCGGAGAAGGAGGUCUCCAAAGAGGACGAACGUUGUGCGAUCUGCAUCAAACCGAACGAGGAGGUUAACGAGCUGUUUCUGGUGCUACCCUGCAAGCACGAUUUCCACAAGUCCUGCAUUAUGCCGUGGCUGGAGAAGACAAACAGUUGUCCAUUAUGCAGAUACGAGCUAAAGACCGAUGAUGAGAGUUACGAGGAGCAGAAGAAAUUUCGCGAGCGAGCAGCCCAACGGGAUCAAGAUAUUGAAGAGCUGCACAACUCUAUGUAUGGUUGAUUUGUUUGUGGUUGGUGGAUCGGAGAGGACUGGUUUGGCUAAUUGAUAAGCAUCGGUGUUGAUUCACCUUGGUUUCAGUUGGUGGAGGUGGGAAUACGAGU